AUGUCUAAAUACUACCGCGAAGGAGGAGAGAACGACAUCACUACGAAGCAAAACCUGUGGAUUCAUUACAAAGAAAGCAAUGAAUUAGAUGAGGAUCCAAAAAGAUCAUUUUUUUCGCACCUAGGUAACGUAAUAAGGCACCCCCCUUUUGCAAAAGUACGCCAAAUUAAGAGGAAAAAGCUUGGUGCUUUCCAGUUCCUAAAGCGGACAUUGCCUAGCGAUGUUAAGGCACGUACUUGUGAGAAACAGCCAUCGUCGACCAGAUCAGCUGCAUUAGCAGAAGCUGCUAGUGAUUUAACCAGCGUCCCUGCUAAAAGAAAUUCAUUUCAAGUAAAAGAAACAAGCCCUGAUCGUUCCAAAUCGCAUUUCGGUGGUCAGAGGAGUGUGCCUCGUAGUCCCUGUACGAUUUUAACCGAUUUGGAAAGUGUCCUGCAGAGAAAUCCUGAUGAAACUUAUGUGAUUUCUUCUGAUAUUCCUCUUACAAGUGGUGACAGCGAAAUUUUUGAGAUUGAAGGAGAUUUCAGCUACGACAAAAAUGAAUUUUCAGGAGGUGAGACAGACAUAUUCCCUAUCGAUUCACCAGAGGAUAUUGCUAGGUGCCCCGACCAUUCAGAGGAUGGAGAUGGCGAAAACGUCAGUCAACCAAGUGAACAUGGUGAUGCGAGUAGUGAAAGUGAUGUAACUGAAAUGUCAAGCGGUGCAGAAGAAAUCAUACCCGUCAACAAGACAGAGGCGUCAUCAGACAUAUUUCAUAGGUUCCAUAAGAAACUGUCCACUUUGCUUCCUUCGCAUCUUCCUGGCAAACCUGCUUCAUUUCAGGAUUACCUGACAAGCGUCGUUAAAGAUCCCGGCAACAUAAAUGAGGAACGUACAGCCCUUUAUUUAGCUUCAGGCUGUGCAAAGACGUACAAGAACUGCAUAGUCAGGGCCUUUGUCGCAGCUUCGUUCCCCCCUCUAAAGGUUGGCAGUUUUGCAGCUGAGCAAGUUAAAUAUACCUUUGAAGGAGACGUCUUCCCACAAUUCACUCAUAUCGAAAAAAGUAACUUCAGCUGCGCCAUUUGCAUACCUUACCUCAGAUGGGCUAUAAUUAAUAGCAUACCUCACUCCAAAUGUCGAGCCCAAUCGGCAAAACCGGAUGCAAUAUUGUCGGGUACUGCGACGUUAUGUUUCUCCGGCAUGGUCCAGCUCAAAGAACAUAGCAGUUCUAGAUUGCAUUUGGAGGCCGUGGCCUUUUUUCAAAGAGCCCAAGAGGAAGAGCUCCGCUGCGGUAGAAAGAAGGAAGCCAGAUUAGCGGGGAAAGAACAAAAGCGUAUUUCUGAAUAUUUUCAAAAACCUUCAGUGAAUUUAAACUAGGAAGGACCUCCGAGUUCCAACACCAAGCACACACCAGAAAUAAAGUCAAGUGCUGUCAUUUAUGGGAUUCGGAGGUCGUUAAAAAUUUUGGAAGUGAUUCACAGAUUAGAAGAACAACUGCUGAAGGCCUCUUCAAAAAAAAAGACGCAACAAUGGCGGUUUGA